AUGUCAUUGGCGUGGACGAAGGGGGAUUGGAGAGCCAAGAAGCAGCUCGAGAAAUCGCUCAGUUCCGAUCAGGAUGACCACGUCACGCGGUUCGCGCUCGUGCGUUUGCUCGCGAGCAAGGCGGAACCUGCUGCCGCUGAGGAACUCCUACGUGGACCUGGGGUCGAAGACAGGCUGCUGGCGGACCCGAACACUCGUGUGGCCAUGCUUUCAUCGCUGGGAGGGGCCUAUUUAAUGUUGUGGCGGGCUCGGGGAGAAACAACAUCCGAGUCAACCGGCAGCAGGGCCGGGGGCGGUCAGGGAAAGGAUACCAGAGAAGUGGUCGAGAUCAGAUUGGACGUGUCAUCGGAGAGGACUGAUUUGCUUCAUCGGGCGCAGCAUUUCCUGGAAGAGGCUCUGAUGUCUCCCGAGAACUUGAACGACCCUGCCAUACGAGCUCAAGUCGGUGAGAGAGGAAAAUGGAAGAGCGUUCUCCGUUUGCCAGGACUUGCACGCUUGCCUCCAUCGCGAUUAUCAUUGUUUCGCCCUGACAUCCGUUCCCUCCUCCAUCCCGACUGCUGUGCUUUCAAAAAAGCUUUCUGCAAAGAAGCACGUGGAGACUACAAGGAAGCCCUGACCCUGUACGCCAGCAUUAUCUCCGACUCGGCGCUGUCGCCGGGGGCCUCUGCCGUAAUCUUCCGCACUUCCGUGCUGCUGGCCUAUGUCGGGCGGUUAGACGAGUGUGUCCGGUAUUUGGAGUUUAUCGAGGGACAGCCACCGAAGGGGUGUAGUAUGCUUCUGGUACAAGCGUUACUGUACACGUGCUACGUGUCCCUAGGCCUCGAGGUGAAGGUAUCUCGGCGUCUGAUCACCCUCCGGGAGGCGUACAACGACGAGUACACCGCUGGUCGGAUGGGGCGAGGGUUUAGCCGGGACGAGAUUCCAUGGGAUCGACUGCCUGGGUGGUUUUAUAUGUGGAGGGAAUUGGGGGUCGAGAGCAUUCGCGCCGGUAACUACUACGCGGGCAUACAGAUGUUUUCACAAGCGACGCUGCAGCGACAGGAUCCCGAGACCAUGGUCUGCACCGCCGAGAUGCUUUGGGUUUUAGGCGAACCAAAGCGCGCCUUGGCGCUGUGUGAGAGGGCGUACGCAGCCGAUCCACUGCACAUUGGAGCACAGCGGCGACUGUCCGGUUGGGCGCCCCAGAAGUGGAAGGAAAGAAUUGUCAAGGAGGAGGAACGGCGCGAAGCUAUUACCGAGAUGCGGCGGCUGGCUGACUUGUCGGACAAAAAGGCAGACGCCAUGCUCGCUCGACGACGGCGCAGGGAGAAGGCUCGGUUCCUGCGCGCCUGGCGACGCCUUCACGACAAGCACAAGCAUCGCAGAAGUACAAGCACAGAGGGCGAGGAGGCACAGACGGGGAGGAGGAGGCGGGACGACACCACUACCUCCAAGAGCAGCGGAAGCGAUAAGUUCUCGUGGAGUGACUCGUCGUCCUCACGCUCCGGCUCGUCUUCUUCGUCAGGUUCGGCAAGAUUUUCCCACUCCGGUGGCAGUUCGUCGAGAAGCGAUCGUUCUUCGUCGUUCGCCUCCUCUCUGUCGGCGAAAGAACAAGUGGAGCGCUCAGUCGAUGAGAAGUCGUCGGCAUCCUCCGCGCCCGUCCCCGAACCUUUCCCCGUGCCUUCGGCGGCCGAGGCUGCGGAAGCCGGCCGAUCAAACUUCUCGGCCUGCUUCCGAGCUGAAACGGAGCGCGCGAUGCGACGAAAGCGAGAGGCCACUGAACACCACGGGGAGAUGCCGAUGGACAUGGCGUCGGUGAAAGUCGCAGCGGAGGCGAUUCACGAGGCCAUGCGCGGUGGUGGUUGGAAGACGGGCACGAACGGCGCCCGCAGCGGCUUUGCAACGCACGAGAUGCGUGCACUGGCGCGUUUCCAGUGCCAUAGAAAAACCCACGAGGCGAAAAUCACCAAGGUUGUCUACGGUUCUUAG